GCGUGGUGCCAGCGGGUAACUUAUUGUUGCCUCACUCCAGAGCCUUCCAGCACAACAGGGAGGAUGGCUCCCAUGAUGCUGCCGCUGGUGCUGUUGCUCCUGGCUGGGGACUUUGAAGUCUCCUCCAACUCUUUGGACUUUCCCAACUCUCACAUAGUUCAGCCUUCAGAAUUCAGAACACCAAACUGUGAUCAUUAUGACUAUCCAGCAUGCCCCAGGAACCUCAACCCUGUGUGUGGAAGCGACCUGAACACUUACGGGAAUGAAUGUACCAUGUGCAUGAAAAUCAGGGAGGAUGGUAACCCUCUUAAAAUCAUCAAAGAUUCACCUUGCUGAUGGGCGAUUUACACAAGAGCAGCUGGAGAACACCCUACUCCUGGUAGAAUCCCACCCCUUCUUUCUCGCUUUCCUUGUCUCUUUCAAUGGUUCCCGUUAAUGCACCUUCUCUGAGAGGAGGUGUGGAAGACUUCUAAAACUCCUGCUCUGGGCUUCUGCCCUGUAGUUCACUUUAGUUGAGCCUAUAGCCCUGGUGACUUUUGCAUUGCUUUACUUACAGGGAAUAAAAUGAGCAUUAAGUUCAA